AGGCAGGGUCUGACAGUGUGAGAGAUGAGGCUGAGCUGCCACUGCUUCAUCUCUGUCUCUCCCUACAGUUCCAGGAGCUCUGCAAUUCUGAUGGAUGAAAUUAGUUUGAUUCAAAGCUGGUCCAGGUAUAAUAACAAGGUCCAAGCCCUCCAGCAAACACUUGGACUUCCCUCAUGGCAAAAUUCAGAGAUGAAUGAAACGGAACCCAGGUGGGACACAUAUGAGUUACAAGUGCAAGCUCUUAAGAAAAAGCUAGGACUUUUUUCAUAUGACAACCCAGAGCUUACAUUUCGUAAGUCCGGCUGUCCACAAGCAGAUGACACCUCCAGGAAAAUAUCUCUGGCUGGCAAGCGGCACAAGACGGGAAGAGAGCUGCAUAGAGAGGCUGUAAAACAUUUUGCACCUUCUGCUGUUCAGUCAAUGAUGGAAAGUUACUCUGAAGACCCACAGGUAAAAGUGUCCGGUGCCCCUCCGAUGCAAGACAUGGCUGACAAGGUUGUGAUCAGGAGAAGUAUGGCUCAUGCACAGAGGCAGAAGAACUAUGGUGAAACUAUCAGAAAACUAGAAGCAGCCAAAGAACAUCUGAAGAAAGAGCUGAAGACUCUGGAAGCACAACACGAGUACUUUGGAAAUGGGGGAAUGUCACAGGCUGCAACACCUAUCACUCUCAGACAAGAAAUUGAGAAUGCAAAUCCGGUAGGCACUGACCUUCUAAAAGGCUUAGAUAUGGAUGAGUAUUUGCUGGAUGAAGUAGUAGAAGAAGUAAUGAGUGCCAAUUUAUCUUACCAGCCCCAAAACAUGCAUCCUGGUAAAACAAAACAACUACAAAAAAUAAUGUUAGAAAUAUCUGUAGAUCGUGCUGUCCUUCUUACCGAAGAGGAACUUAUUCUGGAGGAAGGAUUGGGUGCACAGCCGUUUUUGAUCUAAUCAUUAGACACAGUAUAUAAACCCUGUCUCUUCACCCAUACAAACCACCUUUGAAAAAGCUGCAGGACCUGCAGCGAAACGCGUCAGGGACCAAGCUUUUGGGGGCUAUCACCUAUUGGAAAUUUGCUGCCACGUGUAUCCGGACCAGGACUGGACAUUGUGCCUAAUAAUAGGACUUUUGGAACACUCUACCCAACUGAACCACCACCACUCCUUGACAAUGAAGGAGACACCGCGAUGCAGUGAGGACCCAUAAUAAACAACUUGAAGGGACUCUAUUUCCUCCAGCGGCUAAAUUGUGGUAACUAAUCAUCAUCCCACAGACUGCGCCGUCAGUCCAGGGUUGGUCAUUCAUUUGUGCACUAUCCAGUCUAUAUCAAUUGGGAACGGACUACACAGAUAGCAGGCAGUUUAUUGUGAUCCCUCAAUUUUUUAGCAAAUCAUUUUUAUUCAUUACGUAAUCCAUUUUAUAUUUUAUU